GGUAGUUCUUGGUGCAACAGCUAAGUUUGCUAGCUUCAUAGUAUCUAAACAGUACACAAUACUUUAUGCUAUCAGUAGUGCCUAAUGAAGUGACUUUCCGAAAUACAUUCACUAUCCCCUCGAUGUAAUGCCAAGGCAACCUCCUGUAGGUUACGGCGAGCUUGCUAGGCAACGUUAACGUUAGAGGUUAGCUAGCUAUCAUUAUAUUAACCAUCAAAACCUUAUCUAGCCUAGUGUGUUGAUUGAGCUUUGAUGUUCCAGUGUUGUCUUUCUUUGCAGUCUCAUCUAGCGAUAUGUAUUUUCUCGUGUUUAUAUUGAUGUAAGUCGGUGUCGGAGCGGGCAUGCCUAGUGUUAAGGCUGUCAGUGAGACCAAUGCAGAGUGGCAUAGGCUACAAUUCGUUUCUGAAGAUUUGACCUUAGGUAAUGUUAUGCAAGUUAGCAACGAAGUAUUUAAGGAAUGGACUGGUUUGAUGAGCUUUGAUUAUUUUCUUCUCAAUGUUGAUGCAUAAGUAGGAUAUUAACAUAAAUUCAGAGUCGGACUUCAGGGGAGUUGCGGGUGAAAUCGAACACUUCGUGUAAAGUGCUCUCCCACACAGAUCACCAAACAUGUCGGAGACAGUCAUCAUCACUUUUCAGACUCAGUUGUCUAAUGUCUUGGAGACCAUUCUUAAAUCUGCAAUGUACGAGAUCACCAGGCUGGUCGAGGACAGCCUGCUUGAGGAAGUGGGCCGCGGGAAGCAAGAAGUGGAGUUGUUGCAGCGAAGACUACAGCUGUCCGAGCUCAAACUUAAGGAGAAAGAAUGGGAGAAGAGCAGGAGAGGAAAAUGUACAGACUGUGGAAGGAGCGUUAUCCCCACUGAUGAAUCACAACCUGGUGGAGAGGAAUGUCCCAUUGUGAAGCAGGAGGAUGGAGUGGCUGGGAGGUGGGCCAGCUGUGGAAGGGAAGCCUCAGAAACGGUACAGGAGAUUCCUUCCUCUGGCUCCGACAGAGAUUUCAAGGUCAUAGAAUUGACUGCUGUUCAACCUGCUGACCUGGUGAAGAAAGAAGUCAUCACAGAUCCAUCAGAGUCACAGGAUGCCGAGUCUGUCAUGGUUCACAGCUUCUCAGAAGACCAGCAGAAGGCUCAGAGGGAGAGCUUUGGUGUACUGGGUGACUGUCAACUCCCUGAGCCAGUGAUGAAGCUACUGGAUAUGAAAAACCGUAAGAGUGGACCGAGUAAUCAGGACAGAGGAUCCUCAAGAAGUCACCCUAUCAGAACACCUACUGGCCCUGAUUUCAAAUCAGACCACACAACAACUGCUUCUUCUUCUUCCCAGCACCAAUCAAGCAGCAACCCACAGUCCUCCACAGACUCUCUCAACACAAAGCAUCAUAUUGGGGCCUCAGACUCUGCAUCAGUAAAGCAGGAGGUUGUGUAUCCACAGUGGAGAGAGAAGGAAGAGGCACCUAGGGACAAUGUGGUUCUUAGUUCCUCCAAAGUAAAUAGGCCAAGGGUGGACAUUGCACCCCAGACUUCACCAAGCCGGCCCCAGGCAGAGGUUGCGAUGAAGAUCCCCCGUCCUCAGCUUCCAACAGACCGCCUGGCCUCUCAGCCCAUGGAGCGCCAUGAACCGGUCAGAAAACACAACCCAGCCCUAGCGCAGCCAUCUGUGGUGACGGCCUCAAGCCUGGCUUCUGUGGAAGUGGACAGAAACGCCUCUCUUUACAAGAGCUCUGCCACCAAGCCCGUCCAGCUCCAUCACCACCAGAGAGUUUACACUGGCGGCCGACGAAUCGGCGGCAUCCACGUGGCCAGGGGUUACCCGCAGGUGGCGGGCAUCAAGACUCACCUGAGCCACCACGCUGUCAAAGCACCUCAUAGCUGCAACCAGUGUGGGAAAGGCUUUUCUCACCUGUGCCACUUGAGGGCGCACCAGCAGACCCAUACCGGUGAGAGGCCCUUCUGCUGUGCCCUGUGCGGCCGGAGCUUCACCAAACUUAGCAACCUGAAGGCACACUGCAGGGUACACACGGGAGAGCGGCCAUACAUCUGCUCGGACUGUGGGAAACGCUUCACUCAGAAGUGCAAUCUGAAGAGGCACCAGAGAAUCCACUCUGCUCAUCUAUGACAGGAUGAAUUAGACGGCUGUGGGUUUGGGCUCAAGUGAAUAUGGAUAAUUUAUACUCAGAUAGCAAAUGUCAUAUGCGUCAUAUCUGUAAUACACCAUUUACUAGCAGGGUUUCUAUCAUUACCUCUACCUCUUUGUCUGAGAAUUGCUAAAUUGCCAACACUGGUUGGUACUGACAGCAGAAGGGAUGACUCCAUAAUAUGAGUGUUAUCAUACACCUCUGUUCAGAUAUUCCAUUAUCAUGUUAUCUAUUCAAUAGGCUCUGUGCGCAAACGUUUUUAGUACUGCCGUUAGAUUUCCGGUGUGUUCGAACCUGCAUCUAUUGCUAUGGUAAUUCGUGUCUACACGGACCCAGUUGAGUGUUGCACCAAGGGAAUCAACACGUUACGAUAAAGAAGGAUUUGAGCAUGUUGAAAUUUUAUUUUUUGGGAAAACAAGAUAUUCCGUGUCUUAGUGAAUAUUUAAGGAACAGAAUAAAACAGAAGGUGCCGUUUCAAUAAAGUUAACGCUCCACCGGAAGUCAAACGGCAGUACUAAGUGACUUUAGUGCACCGAGCCCAUUACUGUGGUGUUGUAGUGAAUACUGAUGGAUAGCGUGUUGAAGCAAUACAUAUGAUUAUUCAUUUUUAAAUAUUUACAGUGUGUUCUAUGUUUGUGUUUAUGUUAGCCACAUUUUCAUAUUGUAUUUGUUUCUCAAUUGUUUUGAUACCCUUCCUGCAACAGUUAACAUAAAAACAGUAUGCUUUUCUCCAAAGAGGUAUAAUCUAGCCCAGCACAACAGAUCACCAGCAACUGACACUACUCUACAUUGUAUCUACAAUAUUGUUUAAACCAAGGCAAAAUGCUUGGUAGUGAACUCUGAAUAUGUGUUCAUCAUUCCACAAAUUAUUUACCAUCUUAUGAUUGUUACCCCCCUUUUCAAAAUAACAUAAUUAUCUACAGGUGUGUAUUAGGCCUAUGCUGAAUAGUACACAGGGAAAAUGGUGUAGUCUGUAGUCAAUUUUGAUAGGCAAAUGUGCCACUUUGCAGUUAGUUAAAGACAGAAUUGAUCACAAGAUAUUGGACAGCCCUCUUAUUUACCUGUAACUUUUUUAGAAACGGUUACGGUAUACGGUCUUAAAACAUAAUAAACAGGAACCCAGAAAAGCAAUUGUGCACUCUGUGCAAACAAACCUAGCUUCGUACACAGAUUGUGGCUCCGUGAACUGAAAACAAAUGAAGUAGCAGCCUGUCCCCUGAACAAUAACAAAACACAGAGUGGAUAUGUGCGGAGAUCAUUGAAGGGAGGGGUGGGCUACCUUUCUGGUGGGUUCUGUUUGGUGUUUGCUUCAAAUAAUGUAAAUCACUCUGAACGAAAGUGUCUGCUAAGAGUAUCAACAAAUGCAACUUAAUUCAGCAUUGCUUACAGUCCCUCUAUAUGUCUUUCAUUUUCUAACCUUAUUUAUUUAAACAGUUAGAAUGGUUACACUGUAGUAAACAAGUGUGGACUUUGUUUUAUAUUAUCACAUACUGUCUGAAGCUGUUGGGAAAGUAAUAUUAUGGAUUUAAUUCACAGAAAUGUGCCCUGUUUUGUGACUAAGAUUGUCUUGUUAAAAUUGUUACCUUGGAGUACAGUAGCCUAGAUGUCUUGUUCCCUGACAUUGCGCCUUCAUAAACUAGUUGAACCAUUAGAACUAACUUACGCACCAUGUCCUCUUUAUGACAAUACAUACCUUUCAUUCCUCAUUUGUAGUAAUUAAAUAGUCAUAGAUAUAUCGUUUUUAUUUAUUAAACAAAA